AAGGAUUCUGUGCCUUCAAUUAUAAAGCUUUCCUAGAAGCACAAUACACCUCUCGACAACACGGUUCCCUGACCUUUCUCUGAUCUUUAAUUACGAUCGAUAGUGUUUUCAGGUCGAUGGACCUGCAAGCCAAUUGCAUAACAUAAACUCCGUCACCGUGUUCCGCGAUGGUGCGGGCCCAUUCCGCACGGCUCGACAUCAGGAGCACCAUUUCCAUACCAAGACAAAGGCGGGGAACCCACCGCGGAUGAGUCUGGUGUGUAGAGAAGCUAGUGAUCGCAAGACAACUGGCUUUUGAAGUUCCACACGAAGGAGCGGGGCGUAAGGAGCUUGGUCUCUGCUUAACCAGUAAGAGUAUAAGACUUGGUAAGAGGUAGCAGAAGUUGGACAUUCUACCCUGAGCAGUUUCCUCCACUGACAUCUUUCCAUCCUUCAAUAUGACCUCGCCGAUUGUACUUGGUGUAGCUGCUCUUGUUGUUUUCUUCAUUGUCCGAUACCUCAACUCAUCUGAUAUCCCAAAGAUCAAGAACCUUCCUGAGAUCCCUGGCGUUCCUCUUUUUGGCAACUUGCUCCAAUUGGGCACCGAUCAUGCUCUCGUUGCUCGGAAGUGGGCGAAACAGUAUGGACCAGUGUUCCAAACUCGUCUGGGAAAUAAGCGUAUCGUAUUCGCCAACACGUUUGACUCGGUCAAGCACUUGUGGGUCACAAAUCAAUCGGCACUGAUUUCCCGACCAACCUUACACACUUUCCAUACUGUGGUCUCAUCCUCGAGUGGUUUCACCAUCGGCACCUCUCCAUGGGACCCUAGCUGCAAAGAGCGAAGAAAGGCAGCAGCAACAGCUCUCAACCGUCCAGCAGUGCAGAGCUACAUGCCCUUCAUCGACUUUGAAGCCACAAGAUCGAUCAAGGAGAUGCUUGCCGACUCGAAAGACGGCACAAUCGACAUUGACCCGAACCCUUAUUUCCAGCGAUAUGCGUUGAGUACGAGUCUCACCCUCAACUAUGGCAUUAAGAUCGAAGGCAGCAUCGACAACGAAAUGCUAAAAGAAAUCACUCAUGUUGAGCGCGAGAUCAGUAAUUUCAGAUCCACAUCGAACAACUGGCAGGAUUAUAUCCCACUCAUGCGACUGUGGCCAUCGAACAACAAGAAGCCGCUUGAAUAUAAAAAGCGCAGAACAGCAUACAUGACCAAGCUGUUGAAUAUGCUCAAGGAGAAGAUUAAUUCAGGUACUGACAGACCGUGCAUCACUGGAAACAUCCUCAAAGAUCCCGAAGCGAAGCUCAACGAUGCUGAAAUCAUGUCCAUUUGCCUGACAAUGGUAAGCGCAGGCUUGGAUACCGUUCCGGGUAACUUGGUCAUGUGCUUAGCAUACCUCUCGUCCAAGCACGGUCAAGAGAUCCAGAAACGAGCUCUCGACGAGAUCAACAAGGUCUAUCCGAACGGUGAAGCAUGGGAGAAGUGCCUGGUCGAAGAGAAGGUUCCAUACAUUACGGCUCUUGUUAAAGAGACCCUCCGGUUUUGGUCAGUCAUUCCGAUUUGCUUGCCGCGAGUCAGCAUCAAGGAUAUCGAAUGGCAAGGUGCCGUGAUUCCUUCGGGCACUACCUUCUACAUGAAUGCUUACGCAGCCAACUACGACGAGUCGCACUUCACCAAUCCCUUCAAGUUUGAACCUGAACGAUACCUGGACAAGGAGAUGUCAGGAAUCGAGCAUUUCGGUUACGGAGCGGGCAGCAGAAUGUGUGCUGGCAGCCACCUGGGCAAUCGCGAGCUGUACACAGCGUUCUUGAGGCUUAUCACGGCAUUCCAGUUCGUCGCACCAAAGGACUCUAGGGAUACGCCUAUCCUGGAUGCGCUGAAUGCAAACGCUCUUCCUACUAGUCUCACUAUGGAGCCAAAGCCCUUCAAGGUCGGCCUUCGGGUCCGCGACAGGCGGCAGCUGGACAGAUGGAUCAAAGAGAGCGAGGACAGAACAGCAGACCUUUGAGAAGCGCGACUUUGACGUGUCAUGAGGACGGAUGGGUCGACAGGUGACUGACAUGCAGAUGAUGUGGAGGCUCGUGGGCAGGCUUCAUGCUGUGAUUGGUGCAGAAGCACGCCGUUACCUUGAUGGCGCGAAAAGAUAGAUCAUGUACCACCAAAAAUGCUUGUUUUAGUUCCAUCAUACAAGCUCUGGUCUCCCCAGCCUCGAAA